UUGGACAGCCAGUGCCACUGUGAGGCUCUAACAGCAUAUGCUCAACAGGUGUAAUCCGCUUUAAUCUGAAGUCUUACUCUGCGACCAUGUUGGCAUGUAGAUUUGGAGGAUAGGAAGUAAAUGAAAGCGGAAAACAGUCCCGUUGUAGCUCUUAUUAAUUGUUUUGUUUUUUUCUUGACAUCAACAAAAGUUUAUUUAAAGAUUUUUAUUGCGUGGGACAGAUUCGAUUUAGAUUAGAUUAUUGGAUUGAGGGUAGCAGAUUACAAACCCGCAAUUUCAUUACACUGGGAAGAGACGGUAUUGGAGUCGGAGAUCCAGCUUUUUCAUGUAUCGGGAACAUUGGUAAUCAGGCGUUCACCAUGCUCACCAGCUUUGUGGAUGGAAUAUUCUGUUGCUUUACAGGGAAAUCUACUAAUGUGGUGGUCCCUAUUGAAUCAUCUGAGCCCACCGAUGGUUUCGAAUUUGUUGAGGUGAAACCGGGAAGGGUUCUGAGAGUUCGACAUAUUAUCCCAGACAGACCAGUGGUUGAGGAGCCAGGGACUGGGGAAGGGGGUACUGUGAGCUGCAAGCGCAAAAUCUCAGUGUACCGAAACGGACAGCUUCUGAUCGAGAACGUCAAUGAAGCCACCCAUCCAGAGCUGGUCCGCUAUCAGAACGGAGACAGCACUGUGGAUAAUGACGUUUCCAACUGUGAGCCUCCUGCAGCAGGCCAGGCUACUGAGCCCACACCUGGGUCAGCCCCAGGACAGGCUACCGAUACCAAACCCGCACCCCAGCAGGAUCUGCAGCAAGUGCAGCACAGACGGCGCAAACCCAAGCGCUCGGUCGUGAUCGACUGCGAGCGGAAGAUCUCGUGCUGCAAAGGUACUCACUCUGACGUGGCCUUGUUUUUCAUACAUGGAGUCGGGGGAUCGCUGGAUAUCUGGGGAAGCCAACUGGACUAUUUCUCCCAACUUGGUUAUGAGGUCAUCGCCCCAGACUUGGUCGGCCAUGGUGCGAGUUCAGCCCCUCAGAUCCCUGCUGCCUAUACCUUUUACGCUCUGGCGGAGGACCUUAGAAUCAUCUUCAAGCGAUAUGCCAAGAGACGGAAUAUUGUAGUUGGACACUCAUAUGGUGUCUCGUUUUGUACCUUCCUGGCUCAUGAGUAUCCGGAACAAGUUCAUAAAGUUGUGAUGAUUAAUGGUGGAGGUCCAACAGCACUCGAGCCCAGUCUCUGCUCUGUCUUCAACUUGCCCACGUGUGUCCUUAAUUUCCUGUCCCCGUGCCUCACCUGGAGUUUCCUCAUGGCUGGAUUUGCCCAUCAGGGAACAAGAGAAAAGAAGCUACUAAAAGAGAACAAUGCCUUCAAUGUGUCUUCCUUCGUUCUGCGGUCCAUGAUGAGUGGACAGUACUGGCCGGAGGGUGAUGAAGCCUACCACGCUGAAAUCACAGUGCCUGUUCUGCUGGUUCACGGCAUGUAUGACAAGUUUGUACCAGUACAAGAGGACCAACGUAUGGCAGAGAUCCUCUUGCUGGGGUUCUUGAAGGUCAUUGAUGACGGAAGUCACAUGGUCAUGAUGGAGUGCCCUGAUAUAGUUAAUACUCUCUUGCAUGAAUUUUUCCUGUGGCAGCCUGCAACUGCCUCGAAACCCAAACAGGAGGCAGCCCCCACAAAGACCACCACCAAACCUCCAGAGGACACAGCAAGACCAAAAACUGCCCCUAAGUCACCCUCCAAAUCUCAACCAAACUUAACAAGACCAACAACUGCACCAAAAACCAUCUGCAGCAGGACUGAGGCCCCAGUGGACAUCAGAUCUAAGGGCAAGAAAUAGCUAACAUUACAGUAUACAUUUAAAGGUGUUAAAUUUGCUCUGUUCUUCCAUGUGGGACAUAUUUAAUGGAACAAUUUGAAUGUAGGAGGUCCUUGGAGAUUUGCCAGUUGGUCUAUGUAUGACUGCAGCAAACAGACUCGUGGAAACGCUCAGAGGGACGUUUGUCACAGAGCAGAGUGGUUGACCAUUUCAAGCUUUUGAAUGAGAUGAGUUUUUUUAGAGGAUGCUUUAUUUUCUUUUCUUUUUUACAAUUGGAUAACACCAGCCUAUUCCUAUUCAAAUGGUUUGCAUUAUGUCUACAAUGGGUCUAUGUAAUAGGACAAAAUGUUAUGUCAGCUCAAAAAUGUUUCACAAGUGAUGA